AUGGAGCGAGCAUCCGAAAAGACUACCAACAAAAAUGCUAACACGAGGAUUUCAGUUGAUGAGCAGUUACUGCGGAAACGUGCAGAGCACAACGAUGGUGAACUGUCUUCAUUAAAAGAGAUAUCUCUGCACCAAUUUGAUAUCGAAAAAAUCGAAAACCUUGAUGUCUAUUGCCGUAACCUAGAGAUUUUGUAUUUACAAUGCAAUCAAAUAUCAAAAAUUGGCAAGUCAAUAGAGAAUUUAAAUAAAUUAAAGAAGCUUCAGUAUCUGCAACUUUCCCUCAACAACAUUACCAAGAUUGAAAACUUGGAGUGCUGUGAAUCGUUAACCAAGCUAGAUUUGACUGUAAACUUUAUUGAAAAUCCUUUGGAAGUGGAGUCUUUAAAGUCUAAUAUUUUUCUCCGUGAGCUAUUCUUAAUUGGAAACCCAUGUGCCCAGGUUCCUGGGUAUCGCGAAUUUGUCAUCACCACCUUACCACAACUCAAGUAUCUUGAUGCUCGAGAUAUAGAAAAAUCAGAGCGAAUUUUUGCUGCACAAGAGUAUCCUCAGAUUCGGGCUGAACUCAUUGCGCUGCGUGAUAAAACGAACGCAACUGCAGCCAACAUUGAUGAUUCCAAAAAAUCUGCUCUCAAGAUUGCCGACUCCAAUACAGAUCUGCCAAUCAAGGUGUAUAACAAAAAAACAAAAGAUGAGCCGGGUUUCAAUCCAGAUACUACUAAAGACGACGAUUCUUUGGAUGAUUAUUUGGAAAAAACAAGAAUGGAAUUUCAAACUAAACCUGUUCCACAUACUCCAGAAGCUAGAUUGGCUGCAGCGCGAGAUUUAGCCAAACUUCGUCAAGGCAAGGCUGAUCAUAAUGGUGCAUCAUUUAGUGAUCCGCUUAAAAAGAAGAAGAACGAUGUUUUUUUUGCUUCAGAUGGACGAGUUCUUCAGCGAAAUGAUGGCAAAUAUGUAUUUAAAUGGAUCGACUCACCCACUACAAUCGUUCUAUCAAUCGAGAUAUCCAAAUUUCUUGAUACCAGUUUGAUUGACGUAGAUGUGCAUCCAACGUGGCUACGUGUUACCAUCAAAGGCAAGAUUCUUCAGCUUGUAAUUGACCAACCUGUUCAGAGUGAUAGCAUUGUCUGUGAACGUAGCAAGUUGACGGGCCAACUAGCUAUAACAAUGCUCAAAGAAAAAGUACAGGGUGAUAUUAUUGAUAUCCGUAGACAAGAGCGUGAGAGUAAAGAACAAGAGGCUCAAAGUGCUGCGAGAGCUGCAGAAGCAGCCAAGUUUAAAAAAGAUACCACUUGCAAUCAACAUCGUUCAUCCCGGUAUGGCAGAUUGGAUUAUCGCAAUAUUGUCGAAAAUAACAAACGCGAGCAAGCUUUUCAAAGUCGCCAGUGCAAGCCUGCAUCUGUGUCUACAGAACUGCCUUUUAAAAGUAUUGGUUUCAGGACUAUUAAAGACUCGCCUAUGAUCAAAAGUGACAUUGUCGAUGAAGACUUUGUGGAUGAUCCAGAUGUUCCACCGCUUUGCUGA